UAAAAAGCUCAACUUGAUGAGUUCAUGGUAAUGGGGUUCAUGUUUGUAAUGUAAUCUCAACUGGGUCUCCCUCUAAUGUUCUAAACUUUCUUCACAUUGGUACUACCAGAUUAUUCACAUUAAAGGUUUUGUGUGGCUUGGAAAUAAGCUAUUGGGAUUUUAUUUUGCAUUUCUGGGGUCUCUUUGAAUUCGGAUUUUGAGAAAAUCCGUUUUGGUGAUUUGGGUAUCCAUCAACCCGUUUAUGGAAUAUUGAAGACCCAGGCGAAGCUACAAUGGUGAAGAUGGAACUCAUUAAAUGGGUUCCUCAUGUUUUUGUUGUUGUUUUUCUGGUUUUGGUUAAUGGCUCAUUUGCCUUAUACACUCCUCCUGAUAGUUAUCUAAUUGCUUGUGGUUCUUCCCAAAACAUCACCUUCCAAGGUCGAACUUUUGUCCCUGAUUCACAGCAUUCUUCACUUGUGCUGAGAAAUGGGAAUUCUGUUGUUGCUAGUUCCAAUUCUAGUGUUCCCUUCCCACUUUACCAAUCAGCUCGAAUUUUCACUGAGAAAGCUUUUUAUAGGUUUGAAAUUCAGCAAGAAGGUAGGCAUUGGGUGAGGCUAUACUUUUCCCCUAUUCCAAACGCUGGCCAUAACUUGACUUCUGCUUCUAUAACUGUGGUUACUGAUGAUUUUGUACUCUUAAGCAACUUCACCUUUAAGAAGUUCAAUGGUUCGUACAUGUUCAAGGAGUAUGCAAUCAAUGUUACCUCUGAUACAUUGACUGUCACCUUCAUUCCUUCAAAUGGUUCAGUAACCUUCGUCAAUGCAAUUGAAGUUGUGUCAAUGCCAAAUGAGUUGUUUGUUGAUCAGGCUUUGGCUGUUAGUCCACCAGCACCGUUCAGCGGGCUUUCUGAACUUGCCUUUGAAACUGUAUAUCGGUUAAACAUGGGGGGUCCUUUGAUUACCGCCCAGAAUGACACCCUAGGUAGGACUUGGGUUAAUGAUAGGAAAUACCUCCAUGUGAACAGCUCUGUGCUUAAUGUGUCAGUGAGUCCUUCGACCAUUAAGUAUCCGGUUGCUGUUACACCUGAGACAGCCCCAAAUUGGGUCUAUGCCACUGCUGAAACAAUGGGAGAUCCUAAUGUAAAUGAUCCAAAUUUCAACAUUACUUGGGUCUUCACUGUGGAUCCAAAUUUCUCCUAUUUUAUCCGGGCGCAUUUUUGUGAUAUUAUGAGCAAGGCUCUCAACACUUUAGUGUUUGAUUUAUUCAUAAAUUCUGACAUAGCUCUUGGAAGUCUUGAUCUCUCAUCCAUAACUAAUGACUUGGCUGUGCCUUACUACAAGGACUUCGUUGCCAACGCCUCAGCAGACUCUAACACACUGACUGUGAGCGUUGGUCCAGAUUCUGUGGCAGUCAUCCGAAAUGCCACAAUGAAUGGAUUGGAGAUAAUGAAGAUCAGCAACCCAUUAAAGAGCUUGGAUGGACUUUCUUCAGUAGACAAUCUUCUUCCGAGUUCACCAUCAAAGAAAAACAUGAUAGGAGUAAUAGUUGGUUCCGCUGUUGGUGCUUUUGCUUCAAUAGCUGUGGUUGGAUUUUGUUAUUGCUUCUUGUUGAGACGCAAGUCCAAGUCUACUCAACAGGGCCAUUCAUGGCUUCCUCUACCCCUAUAUGGAAACUCUCUUACCAUGACAAAAAAUUCAACAACUUCACAGAAGAGUGGAACUGCAAGCUGCAUUUCUUUAGCUUCGUCGAACCUUGGACGAUUCUUCAGUUUCCAAGAAAUCCUAGACGCAACCAACAAAUUUGAUGAGAAGCUACUUCUUGGAGUUGGUGGUUUUGGAAGGGUUUAUCAGGGAACACUUGAAGAUGGGACCAGUGUAGCUGUUAAAAGAGGUAACCCAAGAUCUGAGCAAGGCCUUGCUGAAUUCCGUACAGAAAUUGAAAUGUUAUCCAAGCUUCGCCAUCGUCAUCUUGUGUCUCUCAUUGGUUAUUGUGAUGAGAGGUCAGAAAUGAUCCUUGUCUAUGAAUACAUGGCCAAUGGACCCCUCCGGAGUCAUUUGUAUGGAACAGAUCUUCCACCUCUAUCAUGGAAGCAGCGGCUUGAGAUUUGCAUUGGAGCAGCUAGAGGUCUUCAUUAUCUCCACACCGGAGCAGCUCAAAGCAUAAUUCACCGAGACGUGAAGACAACAAAUAUCCUCUUGGAUGAGAACUUUGUCGCCAAAGUUGCUGAUUUUGGCCUCUCCAAGACUGGUCCUGCUCUUGAUCAGACCCAUGUGAGCACUGCUGUUAAGGGUAGUUUCGGUUACCUUGAUCCUGAAUACUUCAGAAGGCAACAACUUACUGAGAAAUCAGAUGUGUAUUCAUUUGGAGUAGUGUUGAUGGAAGUUUUAUGCACACGGCCAGCCUUGAAUCCAGUCCUUCCAAGGGAGCAGGUUAAUAUAGCAGAGUGGGCAAUGACCUGGCAGAAGAAGGGGAUGCUUGACCAAAUCAUGGAUCAAAAUCUUGUUGGCAAGGUGAAUCCUGCUUCUCUUAAGAAGUUUGGGGAGACAGCUGAGAAGUGCUUGGCCGAGCACGGCGUGGAUCGGCCAUCUAUGGGAGAUGUCUUGUGGAAUCUUGAAUAUGCUCUGCAGCUUCAAGAGACCUCAUCAGCCCUCAUGGAACCUGAAGAUAACAGCACAAACCACAUCACUGGCAUUCAGUUGACACCCCUUGAGCAUUUUGAUAACAGUGUGAGUAUGAUUGAUGGGGGCAACUUUUACACGGAUGAUGAUGCAGAAGAUGCUGCCACAAGUGCAGUAUUUUCUCAAUUGGUAAAUCCUCGCGGAAGAUGAGCUCUUGUGUACUCAUAAUUCUGGCCAAAGGCCUUUAAGUAAGUGCCUUAGGACUAGUUAAAAAGUCCUGAUUGGUGAAUGAAGGUUAUUUCUUAUUUAGUUACUGCUUUUCUUAAUCCAUUUUUUUCCCACAAUCAAUUUACUAUGUAAUAUACUUGAGUGAUAGUGAUGGGUGUCAAUGAGCUGGUUACUAAUUGCAAUUGCAUGUAAGGUACCCUAUAAAAUUCUGUUGUACUAAAUGUAAACCAAAUAGGAGCUCAGCUCCUCAAGUUGUUCUUACACCUUAAAAUAUAUGGAGGUUAUAAGUUCUUUAGAAUGUGACUACAGUGGCAAGUAGGGGACUGAUCCUGAUAAGUUGAAUUGCUUUUCUUUUCACUUUUCGGGAUUUCUUUAUAUGCUUUUAUACUAAUAUUUACAUAUGGCUUCUAAAGAGAUGUUGAAAAAGUUUAAGUGCUUUAUGGAAUUAGUGAGUAGUCAAUAUGGAACUUAAAUAAGUUGGAAAUGAUGCGAAUUUUUGAAGAAUCAAUUAAAGACAUUAUUUGU